GAUGGACGAAGUUGAUUUUAUAAUUAGAAUUCUAUAAUGUACUACAAAAUGGCUAGAAGAAAAUAUGGUUGUUAUUAGUAUUGUGUGGUGGUGCGAAUAGGAUAGUUAUCCGUUAUAGAGGGGGCAUUGGAGUGUUGAAGUUGAAGAAAGAAAAGCAACCCAAUCCAUUGGAGUGGCAUGGAAGGCCUGGCGGUUCCAGUUGCACAACUGUUACCGCUUCCUAAAGUUGGCAUUCCCACAACACCUAAUGUUACGGGAUUUGUCUCUCUGAAUCUCAAACAACACCUUGGACGCGGCGUUUCUUUUCGCACAUCAUCGCAUGCACACUCACAGGCUGAGGCUGUUCCCCUUUCUGAACAUGAACAAGAACUAGAUAAUCCCAAUCCUAAUCCUGAUUGUGUGAGCGGGGAUUCCAUACGGCAGAGAUUUCUCAAUUUUUACGCUUGCCGUGGUCACAAGGUCCUUCCCAGUGCUUCUCUGGUCCCCGAUGAUCCCACUGUUCUACUCACUAUCGCAGGGAUGCUUCAGUUCAAGCCUAUCUUCCUAGGCAAGGUUCCAAGACAAGUACCUUGUGCCACUACUGCGCAAAGGUGCAUACGUACUAAUGAUAUCCACAACGUUGGCCUCACUGCCAGACAUCAUACCUUCUUUGAAAUGCUUGGAAACUUCAGCUUUGGUGAUUACUUCAAAAAACAAGCUAUUCUAUGGGCUUGGGAGCUUUCCACCGUUGAAUUUCGUUUGCCCCCAAACAGAUUAUGGGUUAGUGUUUAUCAAGAUGAUGACGAGGCUUUUCAGCUCUGGUCUCAUGAGGUCGGUGUUCCAGUGGAGCGUAUAAAGAGGUUGGGAGAAGAGGACAACUUCUGGUCCAGUGGAGUGACAGGCCCCUGUGGUCCUUGCUCAGAAAUUUAUUAUGAUUUUCAUCCUGAGAGGGGACAUGUAGAUGCCGAUCUCAAUGAUGAUACAAGGUUUAUAGAGUUCUACAACCUAGUAUUUAUGCAAUACAACAAAAAAGACGAUGGUUCUCUUGAACCUCUAAAGCAGAAGAACAUAGAUACUGGCCUUGGACUGGAGCGUAUGGCUCGCAUUCUUCAAAAUGUUCCAAACAACUAUGAAACUGACUUAAUCUUCCCCAUUAUAGAGAUGGCCUCUAAAUUAACAAAUGUUUCAUAUGGCACUGCUGAUGAUCAGACAAAGAGGAAUCUAAAAAUUAUAGGAGACCACAUGCGUGCAAUUGUAUUUCUCAUCUCUGAUGGAGUUGUUCCAUCAAAUGUUGGGAGAGGUUAUGUAGUUCGGCGUCUUAUUAGAAGGGUUGUUCGUACAGGCAGGUUGCUUGGUAUAAAAGGUGAUGGCAGGGGAGACCUUGAAGGAGCUUUCUUGCCAAUUAUUGCUGAGAAGGUAGUUGAAUUAAGUAGGCAAAUUGAUGCUGAUUUGAAGAACAGAGCACCACGUAUCCUUGAGGAGUUGAAGAGAGAAGAGCUUCGGUUUGUGCAGACACUUGAGAGAGGUGAAAAGUUGCUUGAGGAGAAACUUGCUGAUGCUUUAUCAAGUGCAGAAAGAAAUGGAACUGUGCCUUGCUUGGCUGGUGAAGAUGUGUUUCUUUUGUAUGAUACUUAUGGGUAUCCAAUGGAAAUAACAAAAGAAGUGGCUGAAGAAUGUGGUGUGAAUAUUGAUAUGAGUGGUUUUGAUAUUGAGAUGGAGAAGCAAAGGCGUCAAUCUCAAGCUGCACACAAUACUGUCAAACUUACCAUUGGAAAUGGGGAAAAUAUUGCAGAAGAUGUACCUGAUACUGAAUUUAUUGGAUAUGACAGUCUUUAUUGUAAAGCCAUGAUAGAAAGCCUAAUGGUAAAUGGUGAUCCAGUUGUACGGGUUGGUGAAGGGAGUAAUGUGGAAGUUUUACUAAACAAAACUCCAUUUUAUGCUGAAUCAGGGGGACAAAUUGGAGAUCAUGGUUUUCUAUAUAUUUCAGAGGGUGAGAAUCAACCAAAAGCUGUUGUUGAGAUAAUAGAUGUUCAGAAGUCUUUGGGUAACGUAUUUGUUCACAAGGGUACAGUUCAAAAGGGUGUUGUAGAGGUUGGCAAAGAAGUAGAAGCCACAGUGGAUGUAAAGCUGAGGCAGCGAGCUAAGGUUCAUCAUACUGCUACUCAUUUACUACAAGCUGCACUGAAGAAAGUUAUUGGUCAGGAGACCUCACAAGCUGGUUCAUUGGUGGCAUUUGAUCGUCUCAGGUUUGAUUUCAACUUUCACCGACCACUUCUUGACAGUGAGCUUGCAGAAAUUGAGGUGAUAAUCAAUGGAUGGAUUGAGGAUUCUACGCUGCUUCAAACCAAAGUGAUGCCUCUUGCUGAUGCAAAAAGAGCUGGAGCUAUUGCAAUGUUUGGAGAAAAAUAUGGAGAAGAGGUACGUGUUGUAGAGGUUCCUGGUGUAUCGAUGGAACUUUGUGGUGGGACUCAUGUCAGUAGCACUUCUGAAAUUCGUGGUUUUAAAAUAAUCUCAGAGCAGGGCAUUGCGUCUGGAAUCAGGCGUAUUGAAGCUGUAGCUGGGGAAGCUUUCAUUGAAUAUGUCAAUGCCCGAGACUUUUAUCUGAGGCAGCUAUGUUCCACUCUCAAAGUUAAACCUGAAGAAGUGACAACAAGGAUAGAAAACCUUUUAGAGGAGUUACGGGUAGCUAGAAACGAAAAUUCUGCUGUUCGUGCAAAAGCAGCAGUCUACAAAGCUUCAGUCAUUGCAAGCAAAGCAUUGUUGGUGGGGAAUUCAAAACAGUACAGGGUACUGGUUGAGUGCUUGGAUGAUGUUGAUGCAGAGUCACUUAAAAGUGCUGCAGAAUAUUUAAUUGAAACACUAGGAGAUCCAGCAGCGGUUGUACUGGGCUCGUGUCCAGGUGCAGGGAAGGUUAGUCUAGUAGCUGCUUUUACUCCUGGGGUUGUUGAUCUGGGGAUUCAGGCAGGUAAGUUUAUUGGACAAAUAGCAAAACUAUGUGGUGGUGGAGGAGGUGGAAGGCCCAAUUUUGCUCAGGCUGGUGGGAGGAAGGCUGAAAAUUUGGCAAGUGCCCUCGACAAGGCUCGGUCAGAGCUUUUAGCUACUCUAUGUGAAAAAGGGAACUGAAUUCAAUACACAUGGCAAAUAUUUUAAUGCUAAAGCAACAGGAAAUAUUGAUUCUUUCUUGUCAGAGACAUCACAAGCAAGAGGGGUGGAAGCUUAAGUAAACAAUUUUCUUACAAUUCCAGGUUCCGUGUGAUGGAAGUUUCCAAAUACUAGCCAGAGCACGUAAAAUGUUGGUUGUUCAUGUCUUUAUCCUUCGGACACAACCUGACCUGCAUUCGCGCCUUCCAACCUGUAAAUUUUGAAAUGCGUACCUCAGAUUGGAUGCAGGGUUUUGUUAAGUGUAUACUCUAUAUGUACAUGAAAAGCUAGUUUUGAGAGUGAAUGAAGGAUAGGUGAACUCAUUACCUUCUUGAUUGCCUACGAGGAAAAUGGACCCCGUAGAACUGAAGGGCUGAGAUGGCGAUGGGAAAGAUCAGUUUGUGUAGGCUUAAACUGACACAUUUAUAUAGUACAUUGGUUACGUCAUAGGCGCCAAACGAAUAAUUUGACAUAUUUUGAUGAAAUAUUUUCAAAUUUUUUU